AUGGACGAAAUUUUAGAUGUAAUAUCAAGAGAUGAUGGAGCACAACUUGAGAAAAUGUUGUAUGCGGUUAAAUCAAAGAACACGAGUCAUUUGGAUUUGACGACAAAAGAUUAUGAAAAGUUGUAUGUGUUUGCGUCCUUUUCAGGGGCACUAAAUUGCUUGCUAGUCUUGUCAAAGUUCGGUGAGUAAAAGCAAGAAAAUUAUAAAUUUUAAAUUUAAUAAGCUUUAUGCUAUUCGGCAGUUUUAAGUCAAUUCAGACUCAGGUAUAAGAGUUAUACCUGAACUGUUUUGUUAUAUUACUCCGAUACAUUUUAUUAUUCGCUCAGGUUUGUUUUAUUUUGUUUUAUUUUAUUCCUUCUAAAACUGUAUUGGAAUCUCUUUGAUAGUUGAAGAGGAUGUAUUCUUUUUGGCAACAGGUUUUCCAAAUUAAAACAAAAUGUUACCACGAUACUUAAGUUUUUAUGUCUUAUCUAUUUUCAGUUAUCUUGCAUAUCAGUACCACUUUGGACCAUCUAAGCUGAGUUGUUUCUGACAAAUUCUCUUUUAUUGACAUGAGAGAAUAUAACAUUAGUUCCGGAAGUUCUUUUGUGCAAAAGAUCACGGAUAACUCCGACGACGCGACGGCGAGUAAACUAUUUUAGGAAGCACGAAGGGAGCGCGCAAGAGAAUCAGUCCCUCCAAACAAAGGGAAUGGUGUAGAAAAUACUCAUUUAGGCCAUCUUUACACUAGAGUCGGGAAUUUUCAUUUUGGUCCCAGAUUCAUUUCACUGACGAACACGAAUAUGCGGGUUGAAUCCGAAAACGUCCCGGUUUGGUUGAAUGUCCGAAGAAUUGAACCCGGAAUCUCAAACGAAGUUUUUGUAUCCGAAUCAAAUGAUAUGUCAACUCCUGCAAAUUAGGAUGCCCUAGAUGCAUGAAUCCGGAAAUAUUUAUGUCUGGAAAAAAUGUCUAGUGUAAGCCUAACCUUAACUUAUUUCAAAAUUGCUGCAUGAUUAAUUAAAGCCGUAAAAUAAGCCUUUGGCCUGUAUUGUCAAUUUUAAUAGAUUAAUAAAUAUAAUAAUAACCGAUUAUUCACAAAGGAAAAGGAGAUUAAGAGGUUAACCCUGUCUAGUUCAUCUCCAAAAUCUCAAAAAUAUAUUCAUUAUGCUAAGCUUCCAACUCCAAAAAAUACCCUGCAAUUCAAACAUUUGUGCGCAUGAAUUUUAAGGUCGGAAAGUACCUUUCGAGAACUUUGUUACCGAGAGAGUCUGCUCUCCUUUAGUCAGCGCUGAGUGAUAGCGGUAGGUCUCUCUCUCUUUUUUUCAUCCAUAUUGCACAUGUCUAAAUAUAUUUUAUUAGUUAGUUUAGUCUUGAUGAAUGUAGAGCUACUCCAUAGAAAAGACAUCAAUUAAACGUAAUUAUUAUUAUUACUAUUAUUAUUAUUUUUGUUCGAAUAUAAUGUAGAAAUACGAAUAAUGACAUUGACUUUGUGUUACUGCAGGCAUAGAUAUCAACCUCUCUGCUAGUCUUCAAUGUGCGUUACAUGACGUAGCUGUCACUCCCCUCAGAGUAGCUGUUGAAUACGACAAAGUAGACGCAGUAAAAUGGCUUUGUUACCAAGGAGCCAAUGUCAAUUACAGAGAGGCCGUGUGGAGUACCAAGGCUGAUGACAUCACUUCCGGUAUGUUUGUUUCCAGUUCAUGCCAAGUACCCUGUAUGACACCUCUACAUUUCGCACAAUCACCGGAGUGUGUUGAAAUUCUGCUUGAACAUGGUGCCGACAUGGCUGCCCAAGACUGCAUGGGAAAGACACCUGUUUCCAUGGCAACACUUGAUGGCCGCCUCGAUGUUUUGGAAGCCCUUUGCAGUCAUACAGCUCCCAUUAAUUUAGCAAGCAGCUGGGGCGCCACGCCACUUAUGUAUGCUCAAUACGCACGCAGGACACGAGAACGAGUUUCAGCAACUGAAAUACUGUGUCGUGCGGGCGCUGAUGUGAACUUACAAGACAGAAAUGGACGCACAGCCCUGCACAUGGCUAAAGAUGUAGAGUGCGUCUGUUUGCUUCUGUCCUAUCAUGCUGAUCCUGCUAUUGAAACAGUAUUUAGGAAGACACCGCUUAUUACUGCUGCAGAGAACGACUGCUGGGACAUCUGUCGAUUGUUGUACGAUGCACAGGCCACGCCCAGUCUAGGGGCUCUGGGCAGAGAAACCGCUCUGUUUUGUUCACUAUCACGUGAUCACCAUACUUGGCUUCUACAGUGUUCCAGAAAAGUGCGUGAUCUCGCGCAUCUUUGUCGAAGCGUUAUACGUCAGCAGCUUAAAAGACAAUGCAAAAAUGCUACACAAGGAAGCAAACUGUUGCCACUCCCUAGUGCACUGAAAAACUAUAUUUCAUUUGUUGUAACAGGGGAGAGAGAAGACCUGUGA